AAGGGAUCUCGUUGGAUGAAGUCAUCGCUAGAGACUUGGAUGCCUCAGAAGGGAGCUUCGCAGGCAGUCCAAGUUUUUGGACGUAAAAAAACAGCAACAGCAGUUGCUCACUGUAAGAGAGGUAGUGGACUGGUGAAGAUAAAUGGAAGGCCAAUAGAACAGAUGGAGCCAGAGAUCCUCCGAUACAAGCUUCAAGAACCAUUCCUUUUGCUGGGAAAAGAGAAGUUUGCUGGAGUUGAUAUACGUGUACGAGUCAGGGGUGGUGGUCAUGUUGCGCAAAUCUAUGCUAUCAGACAGGCCAUCUCCAAGUCUUUGGUUGCCUACUACCAGAAAUAUGUUGACGAGGCCUCAAAGAAAGAAAUCAAGGACCUGUUGAUUGCUUAUGACAAGAGUCUGCUGGUUGCCGAUCCCAGACGGUGCGAGCCCAAGAAAUUUGGAGGACCCGGUCCAAGAGCCAGAUACCAGAAGUCAUACCGUUAAUCUCUGUACAGUAUCAUGCAAUAAAAAAAAAGAUUCGGAAA